GCUGGCUGGCGGUGCUGAAGAUGGCGGAUGGUGACAGUGGGAGCGAGCGCGGCGGUGGCAGCAGCGGAGGAGGAGGAGGAGGAGGUGGAGGUGGAGGUGGAGGAGGUGGUGGAAGCGGGUUCCAGCACUCCCAGAGAGAGCAGGAGACCCAGGAGCUGGCGUCCAAGCGACUGGAUAUCCAGAACAAGCGCUUCUACCUGGACGUCAAGCAAAACAACAAGGGCAGGUUCAUCAAAAUCGCCGAGGUCGGGGCCGGGGGCUCCAAAAGUCGCCUGACCCUGUCCAUGUCAGUUGCGGCGGAGUUUCGUGACUACCUGGGGGAUUUUAUAGAGCACUACGCCCAACUGGGGCCUAGCAGCCCGGAGCAGAUCGCCCAGUCCUCGGUCGGAGAGGACGGCGGGCCCAGGCGAGCCCUGAAGAGCGAGUUCUUGGUCCGUGAGAACCGUAAAUACUACCUCGAUCUGAAGGAGAACCAGCGGGGGAGGUUCCUGCGGAUCCGACAGACCGUAAACCGAGGGCCCGGGUUCGGAGUAGGGGGGCCUGGAGGAGCCAUGCAGGCCGGGCAGACCAUAGCCCUUCCGGCCCAAGGCUUAAUAGAGUUUAGAGACGCCCUUGCCAAGCAUAUAGAUGAUUACGGUGGAGACGACGAAGAGUUGGCGGGUGGAACCGCAGCUGGGGCCUAUGGGGAGCUUCCCGAGGGCACAUCCAUCAUGGUGGACUCUAAACGGUUCUUUUUCGACGUCGGGUCCAACAAAUACGGCGUGUUCCUGCGAGUGAGCGAGGUCAAACCGAGCUACAGGAACUCUAUCACCAUCCCGUUCAAAGCGUGGGGGAAGUUCGGAGGAGCUUUCAGCCGCUAUGCGGAGGAGAUGAAAGAGAUCCAGGAGCGACAGCGGGAUAAAAUUUACGAGAGGAGAGAGGAGUCGGAGGGAGAGGAGGUGGAUGACGACUGAGUAGUUUAAACUGCUUAUAUAGUUCAGUUCACACAGUAAGAUCAGCAAUAGAUAUGUGGCAGAAAUGACAGAUUUAAGUGCAUGAAGAAUCGAACUUUAAUACUAGAAAAUAUCGUGGCGUUAAAAAGUAAAUUUGACACGAACUAUUGAUGUAUUUACCACCUGGAGUUUGUUUUAUGAGGUUAUAUGGGGUGUGAAGUAAAACAAAAAGUUAAAGUUAUGGGACUAGUAUAGUAGUGUGUAAAUGAGACUUUUCUCAUGGAUUUAAAAAGAUUGCAAUUGUGUUUUGUAGAAAAAGAAAUAUACCUAAAACCAGCAACGUGGUUUUCAUAACAAUUUAAGAAGCCAAUGACAUCUUUAUAAUACAUGUUUCCUUUCAAAUAUAGAUAUAUAUUUAAAAGAGUAAGGAGUGUACCUUGACCCCAUUGAUUUAGCUAUUUCCAUUUCUCUGUGUAAGGAGAUAACCAGCAUCCAUUGUAUUCCCAUUCUAGGUCUCCUAUGUGGGCAGUGUGUGUGGGAUCCUUACAAGUUAGUGAAAGUAGUAGGAAGGAAUGUAUAGAAUGCUGCCUGCUGUCAUUUCGUGGAGGUUUAUAUUUAGUUUGUUAACCGAUAGAGAUAGCUAUAUAACACAGGCAGGCCCCUUAACAGAUGAUUAUGAUGAGAAACGUUAGAGAGAACUAUAUCUGCAGGCCUAUCUAAAGGCCUCAGAGACUAAAUUGGAGCUGUGUGCUAAUGUAGUUAGCUCACAGUAUCACGUCACUCUCCAAGCAAAUAGACCUAAACACGGAGUGAUUUUAAAAAGAAUACAUAAAUGCCAGGCAAUAUUUACAAAGUCUGUUUCCUCUGACUUAAUGGGUUUGAAAGUAAUCUGUAAGUCUCCGUAAGAGUGGAGCAGUGUGUCUCCUCAGUCCUCACGCAAUGUGACCUGGUGUCGAUAGAUUGACAGGCCUGUUAACCAAUCGGCAACCAGGAAGGACAGUAUCUUCCUGCUGUAUGAGUCCCAUGGGAGCCUGCCCUCUCAGUGUUGACACACGGAUGGGACCCCCACUUACACACACACACACACACACACACACACACACACACACACACACACACACACACACACACACACACACACACACACACACACACACACACACACACACACACACACACUGCGGGAGCCUUGUGAGCAGGCCAAUGCAAGUGAUCACUGGGUGAAACCCAGAGCUACUACUACUACUGUCACCCAGCCAGCCAGGCUGUGUGGGGCAUCAAUGAUAACAUACCACCAGUUCCUCUGCUCAGGCCCAGCCAGGAGAGACCACACACACUCUGUGUCUCAGAGCCCAGGCCUCAGCACCGCCACACCACUAACAUCACACUACGCCACUGGACAGUAACGUAUGGGUGGAUGGUUUCCUUUUUAUUUCGAAAGAGAACUAUAUUGAAAGAAUAUUAUACGUAUAAAAGAGAAGAUACUGAACAAACCAGCAUACAAUAUUUUUUAAAUACCUUAAAAAGAAAAGGAAAAUGUAUAUGAAUUAUAUAGCCUAAGUAUUUCAUGAAACAUAGCUGGGAUGUGACUAAAUAGUCCAUGAUGUUGUUUUCUUUUAGCUUUUUCUUUAUUUUCACUUUCAUUUUCUUUUGUUGGGUUUCUCCCAGAGAGUGAAAGAAAUAACACUUCUGUGAUUAAAAAGAAUAUAAAUGCAA